UGCGCGUAAACGUCACUGUAUUUUUCUAGACGCAGCUGACGAUGUAAACAAGAAAAGACAGUCGAGGGCAACAGGGAUCAAAUAGGCCGGUGUCACCGCAAAUGAUAGCCAUUAUAUGCUCAUAAACGGCUGACAUGGGGCUGCCUGUUACGAUUAAAGUCAAUUUCCGGGGAAAUGUGAAGAGGUUUCUGGCUCAGGAUUUGGACAAACUGGAGUGGGAGUCCGUUGAAGCCUGGAUCAAAGCGUCUUUUGGGAUCAACCACUUCCAAGUCAAAUACUUCGAUGAGGAUAAUGAAGAGAUUUGCAUAAACAGUCAAGAUGAAUAUGAAGAAGCAAUCAAGAGCGCCGAGAAGCAGGGGAACCAGUUGCACAUGAACGUGUACAAGAUGAAAGGGCAGGCCUGCGGAGGCCCACUGAAGACGGAGGUGAAGGAGCUGAAAGGAGACCUCCGGCCUGCUCCUCCUUAUCCAUCAAGGGUCAAAACGGUGGAUAAAGGCACGCAGGUCACCCCAGAGCGAGACGCUGUCACAGUAAAGGACAACAAGGGGAACAAGCCAGAAGAUGACCCCCCUCCCAUGUGGUUUAGAUCGUACAUGGAGAAGUUUAAAGAUGAGGUGGUGAAAGAGGUGGUGGAAAGGAUGUGCAAUGACUUUUCUGGCCAGUGUUGUACCCACAAAUCAUCUGAUGGGCCCCUUGAGGCCAGUGGAGCGAGUGGCGGCCCCAUAGGGCCCAGGCCGGGCCCCUCCACUUCAACUGGAUCCCUUGGCUACACCCCGAACUGCAGCAGCUGCAACAAACUCACCUCUGAAGGGGCCUACAAGUGCAGUGUGUGCCCGUCCUGCAUCCUGUGCGAGAUGUGCAGACAUAGCCAUGACCCCAGCCACAACCUCGUGAGAACCAAGACACCUCUCUCCAUCCCUGAGCAUGGAAUGUCGGGAGAGUUGAGGUUCCCAAGGCGAGGAGACAGGACAGUGCGCAAGGCUGAGCGACAGCGCCUCAAAGCUGAAAGGAGGCAGCUAAGAGCUGAAGUCAAGGAAAUCAAGAAGAAACUGAGACUGGAGAAGAGGGGGCUGCAGUGGAGUGGGCCGUCUACCUCGGGCAGAGUCAACCUGACAAACAUGGCCUCCGCCUCCACCCAGGUCCCAGCCCUGCCCCCCCCUGCUGCCUCAGAAACAGCCUCAGGUCCAGCCCCAGCCCAAGGUCCCAUCCCUGCCCCGGCCCCUGAUCCCCAGGCCUCCAGUCCAGAGAGUCCCGGGGUCUCGCACACGUCCUUGGUUCCUACUAUGGCUGCCUUGUUUCUGGACGAAAAUCUGCCGGACGGCACCCGUCUGGAGCCUGGUACCAAGUUCAUCAAAUACUGGAAGAUGAGGAACUCGGGCACUAUCAGCUGGACCUCAGAGACUAAGCUAGUGUUCAUGUGGGGAAACCUCGGCCUGGCGUCAGAGGAGAAGAGGGAGAUGCCGGUCCCCUUGCUGCUGCCCGGACAAGUGGGAGUGGUCAGUGUGGCCUUUGUCGCUCCUGUGAUGGAGGGGACGUACACCUCCCACUGGCGGCUGGCGCACUCCGGGUGUCAGUUUGGCCCGCGUGUCUGGUGCAGCAUCGUGGUCGACCCCGGCAACAGCCGCAACACACUUGGGCAUCAGAGCAAACGACUGAAGGAGGAAGCGAUGCCAGUGGAGAAGGAGGAGGUUAUGGCCAGGGACAGCGACCCUGGCUUGUCUGUAGACCUGAACCACGAGGACUACUACUUCCCCUCAGUUGACCUCCUCACUGCACAGGAUCUACUGUCAUUUGAGUUGCUGGAUAUAAAUAUCGUGCAGGAGUUGGAGAAGGUUCCUAACAACACGCCUGUUGAUUUGACUCCCUGCAUAUCUCCUCUGCCCCACGAUGCACCUGUGUUGGAGAAGGCCAUCUUUUCCCCGAUGAAAGAAGACGCAGAAGUCACAGGGGUCCGAAAACUUUUUGGAGUGAAACCCAGGCAGCAGACGGAGCUGCUGGAGCCUGCGACCCGGGACGAGGACAGGGAGGAGGAGAUCAGUGGAGCCCAGUUCCUCUGUGAGACGGUCAUCCGCUCCCUCGCCUUAGAGGAGGCCCCUGAUCACAGACCCCUGCGCAGAGCCCAGCACAGCAGCCACAAACCACAGGUUUCAGUUGUUUCCCGGGGCACCAGCUUUUGCUUCGAGAGAGCUGUAGAGGCUGAGAAGAUGGAGACGGUGCAAGAGGGAAAUGAGGAGAUCUGCGCCAUAAGGCUCGAGAGUUCAGCUCUGCCUCUCAACACCGGCCUCAACCAGAUCACCCAGGAAGAGGAGACCAGGCCAGUUCUGCUGGAACCAGCAAAUGAAAACCUGCAUAUCGGCUCACAUCACAAUAAUGAGGACGAAGAGGUCAUGGUCCUGGAUGACAUGGGGAACAUGAGGGAUAGUCAAGACGAGAAAGAGGAAGGUGGAAUCAAAGGAGAAGACUGGGAGGAGGUCAGCAGCCAGACCUCCUCAGUCUCCUCCUGUGACGAUUACAUUAUUGUCCUCCCGGACUGCUUCGACACCAGCCGGCCUCUGGGUGAGUCCAUGUACAGCUCUGCUAUGUCGCAGCCUGACGACGAUGACGACGGCGCUGCUGCUGAUGUGACCUCGGCUGACGGGGACACACAGCGGGAGGAAGAGGAGGACUCCAGCUCUGAGCCAGGCGAGGUGGCACCGCUGAGAGAGAGGCAGGACGAGGCGGAGGUAGUCGAUGCGGAGGAUUCAUCUGUGAACACGUGGCCUCCGGCGGUCCCCCCCGUCCACAGCAGUGUGAACCAGAUGCUGUGUGCCUCCCAAACGCUGGACGCUGUGACACUCACCCCGGAAGUGGUGCCACCACCAGUGCUGCCUGACUCCCUGCUGCCUCCACCGACGCUCUACUCACCCAGGUCUGAGGCACUGUACCUGGCGGAGGACCCCAGUCCUCCAGCCUGUGAUCCAUAUGAGCCACAGCAGCCAAGGGUCCACCUAAAUGUAUCAUCUGGUUUGUCAAGAUCAGCAGGCUCAGCAUCCAGUGCCUUUGAGACAUAUAACCCCAGACCCAGCAACGCUUUGCAGCCAAGGGGCCAAGGAGGCAUCACAGAGGGACUUGUCAAGGGCGCCCUUUCUGUGGCAGCGUCCGCUUAUAAAGCUCUCUUCACUGGACCAAACUGCUCAAUACAGCGAGGCAUCGACCCAGCCACCAGACAGGACCCUUCCCUGAUGGCGAUGCUGCUUGAGAUGGGCUUCAGAGACCAGCGGCUGAACCAGCGGCUGCUGAGGAAACACGGCUACAGCCUUCUGCACACCGUCAACGAGCUGGUGCAGAUAGCCGAAGACGGCCAGAACAAAGCUGUCAACACUAAGCACUGAGAGUAAAACCUAAUGUAAAGAGAAUAUUUAGAUUAUGACCUGCAUAUAUAUAUAUAUAUAUAAAUAUAUAUAUAUAUAUAUCAACCUUCCCAGUGUGCAGAUUCCGUUUGAAUUAUGUAAAAAGGAGAAAACAUCUUCAUGAUUUGUCCAAUUGAUUGAUGUUCCAAAGGGUGGAUCGUUUAUUUGAACCAAGAGUAACGAUAAUAAGACAAUAAUGAAAAAUGAAAGAGGAGCAUUUAUUUCUCAAACUUGAGAGAAAGGAAUGAGUGGCUUCUCCUGCCUUUUGCCUUUUUGAUUUAGCAUCAACAUCCUAACAAAUUCAACCAUAUACACACUUGUGAGUUAUUAUGAAUAGUGGUUAACCUUUGCCAUGCCUUGUUUACCUGGGGCCAUAGAGCCUCACGUGUUGGUCAAAGGAAGCUGGGAGUUGUAGUUUAGAAAAGGACAGAGGUGUAUUUUUUCAUCUUUUAGUGUUUGUAUGGCUGGCGUAGCUGCUUUCUGGGCGCUAAAAAAUAAUUGUUUUUCGACAGGGCUUGGCUAGAUUCUUCUCACAAAUAGAGCAAUGAAAUACUAAUAUUGUUGAAUGUCAUAAAAGAUAGAAAUGUUCUGAGGAGCUACAGUAGGUGUUGGAGAUUGUGGGCGUUGAGGUUAGCAAUGCAGCAGCGAGAACAACAAAUCUUUAAGACUUUUUUUUUUUUUUACUUGAUUAUCGUAGUGAAAUCUGCCUAAACAAUGCAAUCUUCUUUCUGUAUCAGAGUACUGUUCUUUUAGACGUUGACAUGUGGAAUGUAUACAGAAACGGUCCGAACGGAUCGCUGCUCAGACUCGGAUGUUUUCUACUGCUUUUUAGGAGACACCUGCAUGAGCCGUGUUCUCGUGGUCUUAGCACAGUCACAGUAGAAAAUGUCCGCUUUGCAUCAUGGUUCAACGACCCCCUGCCUGCAUCUUUAGUGUCCUCAUUCAACUCAGUCAUUUAGCUCUAAUCCAAACUGAGAUGUCUCUAAAAACACAUUCCUCACUCUCAUAGUGGAACCAAGUACUGCUUAUUUUAUUCCAUUACAUUGCCUUCAUGAAACAUGAUUAUUACUUUCCUAAAAUUUUAAAUUUAAAUGUGGUGAUUUGACAUCUGUGGUGUGUGUGCAGAUUUAAGUUCAUGUCUAUUUUGAUUUAUUCCGUGCGUGCGUGCGUGCGUGUUCCACAUUUUCUUCUGUUGAUUGUCCAUGUUUUCAUGCUCGAGAGAGAGAGAGAGAAUAAUUCUUAACAUAUCUAUGCUUGUCAAAUAGUUCCUCAGUCACAGAGUGUAUACAUUAAAUCCCCUCUACUGUCAAUCCGCCAAUAAACUGUUUGCACAUCU